GUGUGCAGUGACCCAGCACGGCUUUGUCGUAGGUUUCCCGCGCACUUCGUGUGUAUAUUACCAACACAAUACACUUCCACCUUGUUUUGGCGGGAGACUCGCAGAUUUGCCACAGCUCCGUCAGCAACAGGCUGUUUGUUGUACUUUUUUGCGUAGUCUGUGGUAGAAAUUCUGAAGUUGGAAGAUAUGGGGAGCGAUUUGGAAGACUCGCCAGCAUCGGCAGACGGGCCCAGGGCUGUUCGGGAGGGAUCCGUGGCUCUCAAGAGGAAGGUCACUCUGAUAAACGCUAUCGGACUCAUUGUCGGGAACAUCAUCGGCUCGGGGAUCUUCAUAUCACCGAAGGGUGUGCUACAGGACGCCGGUAACGUCGGCGUGGCGCUGAUCAUCUGGGCGAUCAGCGGGGUGAUCUCGGCGAUCGGGGCGCUGUGUUACGCCGACCUCGGCACGGCCAUCCCCCGCUCGGGCGGCGACUACUCGUACAUCCUCGACAUCUUCGGGCCCCUACCCGCCUUCCUCCGGCUGUGGGUGGAGCUGAUCAUCGUCAGGCCGUGUACACACGCAGUCAUCGCCCUAACUUUCGCCUUCUACAUCCUGUACCCGGUCUACACACCAUGUACCCCGCCAGACUCGGCAGUGGCACUCCUGGCUGCACUGUGUAUCUGUCUGCUGACGUUUGUGAACUGUGCCAGUGUGCGCAGUGCAACACGGGUACAGGAUCUCUUCACGGCCGCCAAGCUCCUGGCGCUGGCCAUCAUCGUCAUCUUCGGUAUGAUCCAACUCGGCAAAGGGGAGGUACUACACCUGGCCCCGGAACUGGCAUGGCGAGGGGCAACCAAUGUGGGCGGGAUCUCCCUGGCGCUGUACUCGGGACUCUGGGCUUUCGCUGGAUGGGCUGACCUGACCUUUGUGACCGAGGAAAUCAGGGAUCCAUCAAGAAACGUUCCCAGGUCCAUCGUGAUCUCCAUGACUGUCGUGACUAUCGUGUACCUGCUAGCUAACGUGGCGUACUUCACCGGGAUGACUCCUCAGGAGAUGCUGGAAAGCGACGCAGUGGCAGUGACGUUUGGCCUGAGGCUGCUGGGUGCGGCCUGGUGGAUCAUCCCCAUCUUCGUCGCCUUCUCCACAUUCGGUGCCGUCAACGGGUCCAUGUUUGCGUCCGCCAGGUUGUAUUUUGUGGGCGCACGUGAGGGCCAUCUACCUGACAUCCUGGCUAUGGUGAACGUCCACCGGUACACUCCCGUACCGUCACUCGUCCUGGGGGGAAUCCUGUCCCUGGUCAUGCUGUGUACGACAGACGUGUACGUCCUCAUCAACUACGCCAGCUUCGUGUACUGGAUCUUCAUCGGGAUGGCGAUCCUGGGCCUGGUGGUCAUCGAAUUCAAAUACCCCAACAUGGAGAGACCGGUCAAGAUGCCAGUCGUCCUGCCCAUCAUAUUUGUCCUGGCAUGUCUGUUCAUCGUGGUUGUUUCCAUCUGGGUGGCGCCCAUCGAGUGUCUGGCGGGGGCAGGCAUCACGCUGACCGGCGUACCUGUCUACUUCUUCGGCGUCUACUGGCAAUCCAAACCGCAGUGGCUGACCGACAAAUUUGAUGCCUGCACGGUGUUCUGCCAGAAGAUCAUGACAUGUUGUAAGGAGGAGCAUCAGAAGGAGUGAGGGACUCUACGGAAAGUUUUCAAUACUGAUCAACAUAUCCAGUUAGACUUUUCCACUAACUGUGCGCCAAUGUGAAAUAUGAAAAUGUUGAAGGGGGAGUGUCAUUUUUUAAAACAAAGUAGAGAUGGGUGCAAGUGAAUUUUGAUACUGUGUACCAGAUGAAAUGAUUUCUGUCCCCUCCCAUCCUCGACUCUGGAAUGAAAUACUUAGUACCCACAAUGUUACCAGGGACUUCAGAUGAUAUCGAACGUGUCUCACUACUCAUUGACCACUUUUUCGUGGAACGCUCUGUCUACAGUUAUAAAAUCUGAACUAACGAGCAAUGUUUGAAAUCUGUUAAAGAAAAGCAGAUUAUUCGUGUUCAUUCUGAACGAGUAAAAAGAAAGAAAGAUACGUGUCAGCUAUUGACCAAGUUUCCGACAUACUCGAGUGCCUAAUAAUAUGUAGCAAAAUGUGACCAAAGAAUGGAAGUGAUUACCCUGUUAUUCAGUCCGCGUUUCACAAAGGACAGUGCUCGGGUGAUCUAACAUAUUAAAUGGGUAACCUCUUCUGCUGUAUUGUAACAAACAUUUUGUUGUAUAAGAGAAAAUAUUAUGGUUUUAGCACGCGCGUGUUUUUCAGAGGCAUUUGGUUUGGAUCGUUUAGUUCAUUGCUGACUGAUACAGUAACACACAUAGCACUGUCCUCUUGUGUAGACUCUAACAUCAGUCAUUUGUAAAUUGUAUCCACACCAUUUUAUUACUUCCCGUGCUUAUUGCGCUACGAAGUCCGCUAUUGUUUGUGUUGUAUGUAUGAGGAGUCUACUGCCUUGUAUUUGUAAAUAUUGCUAUAUAUGUGGUGUGGAUCUGUCCUAAAUGAAUUGAUCAUUGAAUAUGGUUGAUGUUGUAAUUUGGGUUGAUUUAAUGCAGAGUUAAGGCACAGACCUCUGUUUUUCCAAAUGUAAAGGCAUGUUAUACUUAAUUUUCAAUUGGCGUAUACGCUCUGAGAACCACGUAUGUAUGUUUCUCUGCUAUUUUUUUGCAAAGGGCUCAGAGCAGUGCUGUGUAUUUCUUUUUGCAGACGCACAUUAUUUUCUUAUUUUCCAAGUGCUGUACAGAAGGUACUUAAUGCAAGUUGUAUUUUUUAGAUCUGCUUUUUGAUAGAACCAUAGAAAAUCAUGGCAAGAAAUUUUAUUGUUUUGUCAGAACUAGCGUUGUGCCAAAUGUUGAUUUUAUUUUGGGUUGUUUUAAGUAGAAUUAUGCUUCUUGUUUCUUCGUUGAAGAAGGGAAUAGAUGUGACAGUAACAAACAAGACCUAUUGAUGUCUUCAACAGUGUGAUGUGAGAGAUCUUAAGGAACUGUGUUUGAGAUAUAAGAACCUGUUAGAGUUAUUCCACUGUAGAUAGUUUUGUGGCGGGGUUAAAACGACUUGCCGACGUGCGUUAAAGAUGGAUGUAGAGAAAGAUAGAUGUGCGACAAGACUGGAAUGUUGAUCACGUUUCCAGUCGUCUUCCCUUCUGUUGAAAUGUUUAUAAUGGAAUAACAAUUAGGACACAAAAUUCCAUGUGUUUAGUGAGCAGUUCUCACCUAUUGGUCUUCGAUACUGCCGCUAUGUACCACUUGUUGAUUGCACAAUAUUUGGUGUCAAACGCUUAGGCGUAUGUAUACACGUAGACUAUAGAAUUGAGGUGACCAUUAUGCAUUAAUUAUAUCACAAAGAGGGAUCGUGUACUUAAGGAUACAUGUGAAAAUGUCAAUUUGAAAGACUCCAACAAACUGUAUAUUGUUACGUUGACCUGAAAGCAUAUAAUACGUUUGGUUGCCCAUUUUAACUUCCAAAUCUUAUUUUAGGUUCAAAUAUUCAAUUUUUGUGACCUUAAGUAAACAAAAAAACUAAUAGAGGUGUAUUUGCUAUUCGUGAUUUUCAAUAAUACACUACCAAAACAUUUGAUACAGUUAAAAAUGUCAACGAAUUUGUGGGCGCUUUCUCAGGGACCACCUUGAUGUGUACAUCUUUCUCAUGUAAGUUAGCUCUAGUCUCUGAUGCAGGCUUCUUCAACCUUUGUCCGGUAAAAGACAGAGAUAACUUGCCGCCGAAGAAGGCUGGAUCUGAGGCUAGAUAUGUAAGUAGUACUAGUACUGUACUUCAUGUGCCACGAGGUUCCUUUUAUUUUGUAUUUCGGCUUGGAUAUCAAAUAAACCGUGCGAUCUCA